AUGUCGACUAUAAGUGAACCUGGUACUACUUGGUAUCUCUCAAGUGAUGAACAGGAACCAUUCUUAGAAUUACCCUUAAGAGAGUGUACACCAGAUCAAAUACGAGCAAAAGUGGAAUUUUUAGAAAAAAAUAUUUUGUUACUUAAAUGUGAAUGCGAAGUAAUGGAAUUGAAUUCGAUAAAAGCACAACCCGAGCUUGCCGCUAUAAAUACAAUUGACGUAUCGUGGAUGCCCUAUGAUACGAAAGCCGAAGAAUAUCGUUUAUCUUUAGUCCCUCCUAAAGUUUCAAAAUUAUCGAGAGAAAAGCUUCGCCAGUCUGCUAUUUUAUCGAAAUCGAAUAAGUCUGUUCUUGGCAGUAUAUAUAGUGUUGUUAAUAAUGCGAUUAAAAUGAAUAAGAUAUCAAUACAUCAAGUAAUUGCCGAGGUAGAAAAAGCCUUAAUAACUAUGGAUGAAUAUUUCGAUAAAAUAAACAAUACGAUGAUUAAAAGCCUCGAUAAAAUUGAAUACGAAACUGAAAACAUCAACCUCGAAAUUAAUAGACAACUUCAAAACAUUGAAACCUUUAGAGCGAACGUCUUGGUAGCUGGCGUUAACAGAUUAACCAAACGCAUACCAGCUGAUAAAUAUAUUAAAUUCAUAAAAAAAAAAUUGAUGUCGUCCACAAUAUAUCUGAACGACCUUCAAUUCAAAAUAACCGAUGCCAUUACCGAGGAACAGAUGUUACACGAAACGUACGUGACUUCGAAACAUAUUCGGGACACGGUAUUCGAAACGGAUAUGCAUAACGUCCGAAUGAUGAACAAAAAACUAUUGAAAGAACAAAUUGAAAUAUCAACAAAAAAUAAUGAACUUAAACAGCACCUGAGUGUCGUUCGUCAAGAUUAUUUAAAGAAAAAAUAUGAUUCGGAAAAAUUCGAACUUAGUUUAGACUUACCAUUGUURGAUGCAGAAAUCAAGCGUUAUAGGAAUAAAUUACUAAGAGUAACACCAAAGUUACCUGCAGUGGUUGAGAUUCACGAUAAUUACAAGAAUGAUAUAGAUAAUGAUGAUGAUAACAAUGACGACGAUAGUAAUGACUAUUAUGGACUGAAUGAAAUUGCGACAAUACCCAGUAAAACCCUAGACGGCCGAAUUAAUCACUAUCUUGAAGUUAAAAGGUCUAUCGAAAAAACAGAGAGGGAUAUUAAAUCAGUGAAACUGAAAUUAAAUCGACAAAAAAAACUUAUUCAGAUGUAUGCUUUUAAGUUGAAAAACCAAAAAAAUUUUAUAAACUAA